AUGGUACAGAAGCAGUAUGACAUUCAGGGGAGUCAGAACCAUACCAGUACAUCAGCUGUGAGGACAGAAGGAGAGGUCCUGGGGAAGAAGGCCAAGAACGCUGAGGUGGGGAGAAUCACAGAGGCUGACAAGGCCAACACCGGGCGGGUGAAGUUGUCAGUAUUCUGGGAGUAUAUGAAGGCUAUAGGGGUGGUGUUGUCCUGCGUCAGUAUCUUCCUGUUCUUCAGUCACCACUUCGCCUCUCUCUUCUCUAACUACUGGCUCAGUCUGUGGACUGACGACCCAGUCGUCAACGGAACCCAGCCCAGCAGAGAGAUGAGACUGGGGGUGUACGGAGCUCUGGGGGCCUCACAGGGCAUAGCUGUGUUCUGCUACUCCAUCUCUGUCUCUAUCGGUGGUAUAUUAGCAUCACGCUACCUCCACCAGUCCAUGCUGUACAACGUACUGCGCUCCCCCAUGUCCUUCUUCGAGCGCACCCCCAGCGGUAACCUGGUGAACCGUUUCUCCAAGGAGACAGACACCAUUGACUCUAUCAUCCCAAGUAUCAUUAAGAUGUUCAUGGGCUCCAUGUUCAACGUAGUAGGAUCCUGUGUGGUCAUACUGAUCGCUACUCCACUAGUGGCUAUUAUCAUACCUCCUCUGGGGAUACUCUACUUCUUUGUCCAGCGUUUCUACGUGGCGUCGUCUCGUCAGUUGAAGCGUCUGGAGUCCGUCAGUCGCUCCCCGGUCUACACACACUUCAACGAGACGUUGCUAGGCGCCAGCGUCAUCCGAGCCUUUGGGGAGCAGGAACGCUUCAUCAGGGAGAGUGACGGUCGAGUUGACCACAACCAGAAAGCAUACUACCCCAGCAUCGUAGCCAACCGGUGGCUGGCGGUGCGUCUGGAGUUUGUAGGGAACUGUAUCGUAAUGUUUGCUGCUCUGUUUGCUGUGAUGGCCAGAGAGAGCCUCAGCCCUGGGAUCAUGGGCCUGUCCAUCUCAUACGCACUACAGCUGACGGCCUCUCUGACCUGGCUAGUGAGGAUGUCUUCAGAUCUAGAAACCAACAUUGUGGCCGUGGAGAGAGUCAAGGAGUACGAAGACACAGAGAAAGAGGUACGUCUGCUGGCCCACAGUCCAGGCAACAUAGACAUCAGGGGUUUCUCUGCGAAAAUAGGACCAGGAACUGCAUACUGUAACAUCACCGUAGCCAUCCACGGAGGAGAGAAGGUGGGUAUAGUAGGUCGUACAGGAGCAGGGAAGUCCUCUCUGACUCUAGGAUUGUUCCGCAUCAUCGAGGCGUGUGAGGGAGAGAUUCAUAUCGAUGGAGUUAACAUCGCCACGCUGGGUCUCCAUGAACUCCGCUCCAGGAUCACCAUCAUACCACAGGACCCAGUGUUGUUCUCUGGGUCUCUGAGGAUGAAUCUGGACCCCUUCGAUGGCUACUCUGAUGAGGAGGUGUGGAGAGCCCUGGAGCUCUCCCAUCUCAAGAGCUUUGUGUCGGGCCUGCCGGACAAACUCAACCACGAGUGUUCAGAGGGAGGAGAGAACCUCAGUCUGGGUCAGCGCCAGCUGGUGUGUCUGGCCCGAGCCCUCCUGAGGAAGACGAAGAUCUUAGUUCUGGAUGAGGCCACAGCUGCUGUGGACCUGGAGACAGACAACCUGAUCCAGUCCACCAUCAGAACCCAGUUUGAUGACUGCACUGUCCUGACCAUCGCACACAGACUCAAUACUAUCAUGGACUACACCAGAGUGCUGGUCCUGGAUAAAGGGGAGAUGGCAGAGUUUGACUCUCCCGCCACUCUCAUCACCAAGAGAGGAAUCUUCUACAAGAUGGCUAAAGACUCUGGACUGGUCUGAGUGGGCGAACGGGAGAGGACAGGUUGCCUAAAGACAACAUCCCUCCUUACAGAGAACUCCUCCUCCAACCCCCUCUUCCUCUCCUCCGACCGGGAGGCUGUGCAGGGAAGAAGUAGCAGAGAGAGAGAGGAGAUUUCUAAGGAUUUCUAUGUUUCUGAUAGAGUG